UGUGCGUAUGUAUAUGUACGUGUACGAGAGAGACAGGAGAGAAAAGAUAAGACAAUACAAGAUAACUUACGAAUUAAUAAGUUAUUUUUAUUGUAAGUUUAAUCAUUUCAAUCUAAACUUCAUCUAUCAGACUAAGUGGAUACUUUUUAUUAUUAUUAUUAUUAUUAUUUACGUUUGGUCAAGCAUUUAUCAAUAUCUACAUUUUAAAAUAGAUUUUUAUUUGAGACUCUUAUUGUUUGAGACUCAGUUUUUUCUUUUAUUAUCUUCUUUGGAUAUCAUUGAUUCACUUCGAACGCCUAAGUGCAGCAACCCCAAAGGCCAACAAGUAUUUCGUUUUGCAGACUAUUGUGAGAUUAUUCAAGUCUGUGAACGAUCGUGUUCGAGAAAACUUCAAAUGAACGAACGAAUGAACGAUAGAAGAAUAAACGGACGUAGAUUACUUUGAAAUAUGUAUUUUACGAAUGAAGGAAUAAACUCUUAAAAUAUAAAUGAAACUCGAAGAAUUAAGGUUUCUGUGUGUGUCCCAAAAGCUAUAAUAAACUACGUCUUUACGAGGAGAGACAACUACAUUUCUUUCUACACCUACAACUACAACUAAAAUUACAGAAAGACUACGACGACACGGGUCAAGAUACUCAGACUUUCAAAGAGACUUCUACGCGCUACACUCAUCUUGUUUUUCUUGUAUUCUUUCACUCUGUUCUCUUUCACGUAAAUCAAUUCAACUCUAAACUCUACAAUUUCAACUCGGAGAUUGUCAAAUCAACGAAACAACGCACAAAUUUAUAUUGCUGAUAUCAAACGAUCCUUUCGAUCGAGAAUACGCGCUGUGCGAGAGACCUAAUUUCGUUUACUCUCUGGAGAUUGGUGCGCUUGAAGAGAGCGUGAACUAUACGAAACGUCUACGAGAUCUGACGAGAGGGACGACUGUGCAAGAAGAAAAAAAAGAAGAAAGGGAAAUACAAAUACACACACGUCCAUUUUUAUUUUCUAAACCAAUAACAGCAGCAACAAUGAUGAUGAUGAUGAUGCAUCGCGAACAAAAAGGUCAAACAUCGUCGAGAAAGCAAUCCUCCUUGUCGUCGUUGGGCGACCAUUCAACGGUGUAUGACAGGACGACGACCAGUUACGAACUUGGUAUCUCGAAUUCAUCCUCAUCCUUGUCGUCGUUGCCUUCGUCUUCGUCGUUGUAUUCGUCGUCCUCGUCCUCAUCAUCAAAGACGAACUGCCCAAGUCUCUUGACUGUCUUAGCAUGGACGGCUACGUUACUACUUGUAUCAUCUUGUCUUGGUAUUGCCGAUGCUGGUGUCCUCAUGAGUCAUCCCUUAGGCAAACGCUCUUACCUUGAUCUCUCUUGCAAGGGCGUUUACGAUAAGAGCAUCUUCGCUCGCUUGGAUCGCAUCUGCGAAGACUGCUAUAAUCUUUUCCGAGAACCCCAACUUCAUGUCCUAUGCAGAAAAAAUUGCUUCACCACCGACUACUUCAAAGGAUGCUUAGAAGUAUUAUUGCUGACGGACGAGACGGAGAAGAUCCAAAUGUGGAUCAAACAACUCCAUGGGGCCGAUCCCGGGGUUUAGGCAAGACUGCUUCAGCACUCAAUACUUCAUGAGCUGCAUCCAAGCGUUGCUACUUGAGGACGAGAAGGAGAAGUUCCAAGGGAU